AGGUCAUGCACUCACGUUUUCCAAGACGCACUUCUUUGACUUUUCUUUUUGUCGCAAGCGUUUGACAAGGAGGCUUUUCAGAUUAAAUGUGUACCACUGGAGACUUAUUUCACCUCGAAAAUCACAACUUACUCUGCGCAAGAAAAUUUAUCUUUUUGUUCUAACCGCGUCCACCUACUUACCCGAGAAGACAAAUGCGACUUUUUCGCAGCACUCUCCUCAGUGGCGCCUCGGUGGCAACGCUCUCUGCUGAAAAAAGAGGGCACUUGCGGCAGAAAGCGUUGCUGGAUCGGUUCAUCGAGGGGCACGGAGAUCUUGAAAACGGGAAGGGCCACGCUCGGCACUUGUCCGGCACGUUCUUGACGACCGGCCGGCAACCCGCCGGGGCCUCGGGGCACGAGGGGACGGGCGGUCAUGGCGGAUCUCAGGACGCUGCGGCAGAGGCUGGCGACACCUCCGCGAAGGGAGAGGGUAAAGGCACAUCAGCCGAGGGUGGUCCCCCGACCGACGCAGGGCCCUCCGCGGGGAGUGGAGGGAAGUCGAGCGCGAGCAGCGGACCAUUGCUCCCCUCGGGAGCAGGUGCGAGCGGCGAUCAAACCGAUGAGAGCGCAGAGGCGUCGUCGGGAAGCACACCCGAUCUCUACACUGACGACGGUACCGCAUCGUCAGGCAGUACCGGCGAUGAAGCGCCAAUAUCAAGCGUAGACGCCGCCGACGCCGAAUCACCGCUGGAAGUAGAAGAGCCCGCCGACGACGAAGAUGAGGAUGGUGAGACACGCUUGGAAGGAGCCAUGGGCGACGAGCUGCCCACGUUGGGAAGGAAUGUCGAUCCAACCCAGCGCACCACGGAAUCCGUGGUUAGCUCGGCAGCUCCAACUGCGACCGCUGCUCCUGCUCCUGCUCCUGCUAACCAGCUCCCCGUCUCCGACUUCAUUUCGGGACAAUCGAAGAAACCGCCCGAGGAAACUCCGCUCACUGGGGAGACUCUGCAGGAGCAGGCGGACGAGGCUGCGGCGGCAGCCGCUGCGAACGCCGUCCCGGGGAACCAGGGCGAUUCGGCGAGUGUUGGCGCCGGCAAAAACAGUACCGAUUCAUCCUCCGGGAAAGGCGCGGGAAAUGGUGCGGGAUCCGGCGGUGGCGACGUCCAACAUGGGGGAAAAGGCGCGGGAAAGAGUGCGACUCCGGUCGGCGCGGCAAAAAAUCACACGGAAAACAAGCAGGGUGUUGUGCCCACGACGACGCCCAGUCCCUACAAACCGACGUACGCUGCGGCGGGGACCGGUGCUAACGCUGAGUUUUGCAAAUUUUGCUGUCAGGGAACUGGCGUCUUUAUCCUUCUGACUUUGAUCAUCGCUGUGAUGUUGUACGGAAUCAACCUCUGUCGCACUGCCGCUGCGUCCAACCGCGCGGGGCGGUCGCGGAGCCGCAGCCCGCGUCCCAGCCCAGGCCGUGCGAUCGGUACGGCCACUGCAGCCCGGCCCGCAACUACGCAGCAGUCCCGCGUGCAAAGUCAGGCUGCGGGGGGAGCGAGCCAAGUGCAGCAACAGCAGCAGCAACAGCAGAGCCAAGUCAUGCGACCCUCGCAACAAGCGCUGCUGGCCCAACAGCAGGAGAGCCGAGCCAUGCGGGCCUCGCAACAACCGCCUCUCGCCCAACAGCAGGGCAGCCGAACCACGCGGGCCUCGCAGCAAGCGCUCUUGGCCCAGCAGCAAAGCGGGUUGCAACGCCCGGCUUCGCGCUACACGGGACAGCAGCCGCGGGUGUCCGACCAGCAGCAGCAGCUGAUGUCAACCACGCACAUUGCCGGCUACGAAUAAAACUUUAUUCGUCAUUUUGGCCGCGAAUCGAAUGACUCACGCAAUCAAGGCAGCAGAAUCAUUUUCAACUUGUGGAAUUCUUUGGGUGUCCUUCACCGGGCAUUUUACUUAUUUUUCAACAACAUUAAUAUUCUGUUACUGGUUUCAAAUCUUUACGUUUUUUUUCGUCGUGUUUUUGGCAUUGGCAUAACAUACAUUUCCAAAUUUUGAUUCUACGAGUUUAAGCACUACCCGCAAUCUUCUUACAAAAGAACAGUAAGUAAACACCCUCACCUACGCGACCCCAGACGCGAGAGAACACAUAGCUUUGGAAUUUCUCUUCACCCGAAUUGAAAUUAGAAUUAAGAGAUAUCGUCCGCGCACUCCCACCCACACACUGUAGGAAUACCGAGACUGGGAAGUUUUUCGGCCUAUUCACGCCCCUGCUGUGUCCCCCACAAUUACCGUAUCCCGGUUACGCCCAAGCAGUCAAGUGGAAGCGCGUUUCGCGACUUCGACUUUCACUCCAAGAAUGCUACUAGGUUGAACAUACUCAAAAAUCUUGAUUUCCCGACUUUCCCCAGCGUAUCUAUUGUCCGGAGUUCUAUGAUAAACAACAUCACUAGCGUAGUAAGUAAGUACUCAAAUGGCCACCGUGGCGUAGCGAGAGAGGAAAGGCAACUAAAGGAGAACGCACUUUACACAAGGACGUCCCUACUUUUUUCUUCCGUGUAGCUAGGAACGAUCGAACAAAACAGUUCGCAGCCUGUUGCAUGAACGCCGCGAACAACCUCCGCUGUUGAGAAACGUAUGUCAGUACCAACGGCCGCCGUUCUUCUGGCAGUGAUGUGUCGAACAAACUUUUACGCCACUGAUCGAGACGAGAACAUCCCGGACAAAGAGUUUUCCUAUAAAAGCAG